AUGAAUUUUUUUCUACAUCGGAGUACUUUUUUCUGGUACAUAUUGAUCAUAUUAACGUUAACUCAUUUUGUUCUCUUAAUCGAUCGAUACAUUAUAAAAUAUGAAGCUAAUAGUGGCGAUAUCCUGCUUGGUCCAUUGGCUAUAGAGUAUCGAGUGUUGUCAAAUAUUGUGGGACACUUUAUGACUGUAUCCAUUUUAUUUGUGCUAGCCACUCUGUGCGUUCUCAUAGAUCUCAUUUCGUUAAAUUACAAAGUAAAACUGCCGUCAUCUUGUUCUACGUUGAUGCGAGAUUUUGGACGAAUAUUGUUGAUUACUUGUAUAAGAUUGAGCGAUAUUUCUUGUGCACUUCUACUUGCACUUUGCGCCAUUCAUAGAGUAUCACCCGCUGCUUUACCUGUGCUCUUUGUUGCAGUAUUAUUAUUCAUUCCACUACCAGCAAAUAUCAAAAGGAUUGCUUGUUUCCUUAUUACCUAUUAUGUAUUAGCUGUUACAAUAUUCAAGCUAAUAUUUGAUGCAUAUGAAGGAUUCAUUGAUUAUCCAGAUUUCUGCGACACUCCUCACUUAAUAAAAUGGUUGUAUUGGAUCGGAUUGAUUUCGGAUAAUACCAAACCAGCUUUGGUUUGUCUUUUUAAGCACCACUUCAGUUUUUGUUGGCAUUAA